UAUUGACUAGCCAGCCUUGAAGAAAAUGAAUAAAAAUGGCCGAGUGACAUCUGUUUGAUAUACCUAGAUUGUUUACAUGUUACAUUAUUUAUUAUCAACUAAUCUAAUUAUUAUUAUCGUCAAAAAGGUUAUGAAGUGAAACAAUGGAUCUCGCAAAAUCAUUAUUUACUUCAAGAGAUCAUGAGGGCUACGUGGGCCGAGAAGAUCACGAGCGAAAAAUUAAUGCUGCUCUCGCCGAUGAUGACCCAGAAGAUGUAAUUGAUGCUAUACGUGGCCUAAAUAUUGCUGAUGAACUUCUUCCUUCACCUGGUGGACCUUUCUCAGCUCUAACUUCAAGUAUGGUCCCUCAAGACAUUAUGGCUAAAUUAGCACAGCCAGAAUCAGAAGGUCUCAGUGGAGGUCUGCCCGACUACAGAUUUGACGAAUUUGGGUUUUGUGUAGAGGAAGAAGACGGACCAGAGCAAAAUUCCAAUAAGCUUUUGGCUAAUGCGUUCGUUGAAGAUGAUCAACACCGUCUUCAGUGGGAAUUUUUCAGCAAAGAGAUAAAUUUUUCAGAAGGAGAUGGAAAAUUAGAAAAAACUGACAAACUACAAAAAAUGGUUAAAGAUGGUGUACCACAUUCACUUCGUCCGCAAGUUUGGAUGCAUCUUUGUGGAGCAAAUAAGAAAAGAGCAACCACAGAAAUAACAUAUCAUGAAAUUGUAAGGGCUUCUAGUGAUGAUGGGUUAGUAACUAGUAAACAGAUUGAAAAAGAUUUAGUCCAAAUAUUACCAAACAAUAUGUGUUUUUCACAUCCUACCAGUACUGGAGUGCCAAGACUGCGCAGAAUUUUAAGAGCCUUAGCAUGGCUUUACCCUGACAUAGGAUAUUGUCAAGGUACUGGAAUGAUAGCAGCUUCUCUUUUGCUAUUGAUGGAAGAAGAAGAUGCAUUUUGGAUUAUGUGUACAACAGUGGAAGAUCUUUUGCCGGCCUCAUAUUACUCUUCUACUUUAAUUGGCAUUCAAGCAGAUCAAAAAGUUCUAAGAAGUUUAAUAUCUACAUAUUUGCCUGGUAUAGAUCAAGUGUUGAAUGCUCAUGAUAUAGAACUCUCUCUCAUUACAAUGCAUUGGUUCUUAACCCUUUAUGCUAAUAUUGUCCAUAUGAAAAUAUUGUUACGAAUAUGGGAUUUAUUUUUCCUAGAUGGUUCUAUAGUAUUGUUCAAGGUUACACUAGCAAUGCUAAAGAUAAGAGAAAACAGAUUCACUGAAAUAUCUAAUUCAGCUCAAAUUUUUAAUGCACUAUCUGAUAUACCUGGAGAAAUUGAUGAUGUAGAUCUGUUGAUCAAAACUAUAGAUGAAGUUUGUGGAGACACACUAAGCCCAGCAUUAAUAGACACUCACCGUAGAAGACACCUGGCUUAUCUGAUGGCAGAUCAAGGAGCCCUCGUUGGAAAUCCAAGUGCAGUCCCCAAUCUCCCUAAGCAGCAAUUACAAAGACGCCAAAUAAAAAGAAGCAAGUCAGUUAUACAAACAAUCCUCUUUGGAGAUGAUAGUAAUAAUGAAGAUGCAAUUUCAAAAAAUGUUAAGCAAACGGAAAUACUUGUUGAUUUAAGAGAAGCCAUCUUACAGGUAGCUCGGCAUUUUUUAGCUUUAGAACCACAGUUAGCUUCAGAAAUUUUACUUACAGCUGAUUAUACUAUGCAGAGUCAUGCCGCAGAUCGUGAAAGAUAUGUAAAUGUAUCCAAAAGCAAAAGGCGCAGAGCCAAAGCAUUGCUAGAUUUUGAACGAAGAGAUGGUGAUGAACUUGGAUUCAGAAAAAAUGAUGUUAUAGAAGUCAUCAGUUCUAGAGAUGAACAUUGCUGGAUUGGUGAAUUGAAUGGCCUAAGAGGGUGGUUUCCAGCUAGAUUUGUAAAAUUACUAGAUGAAAAAGGAGUAAAAUACAGUAGAGCUGGUGAUGAUUCUGUUACAGAAAAGGCUGCUCAUCUUGUAAGAGGUGUCCUCGCUCCAGCUUUCAAAAGGGUAUUACUGCACGGAAUUAAAAGACCCAGUUUUCUGGAUGGCCCAUGUCACCCUUGGCUUUUUAUUGAAGAAGCUUCUUCUCGGGAGGUUGAAAAGGACUUUAAUUCUGUGUAUAGUCGAUUAGUUCUCUGUAAGACAUACAGAUUAGAUGAAGAUGGGAAGGUCCUUACACCUGAAGAGUUGCUGUAUAGAUGUGUUCAGGCCAUCAAUUUAUCACAUGAUAAUGCUCAUGCUCAAAUGGAUGUCAAAUUACGUACACUGAUUUGCAUGGGACUGAAUGAAGAAGCCUUACAUCUAUGGCUUGAAGUUUUAUGUUCAUGUGUUGAUGUGGUUCAAAAGUGGUAUCACCCAUGGUCCUUCAUAAAUUCUCCAGGAUGGGUGCAAAUAAAAUGUGAAUUGAGAAUUCUUUCUCAAUUUGGUUUUAAUUUGAACCCAGAUUGGGAGUUGCCUUUGAAAAAAGAUACACAAAAUCAACCUCUAAAGGAAGGUGUCAGGGAUAUGCUUGUUAAGCAUCACCUAUUUUCAUGGGACUUGUAAUGUGGUGUUAAUCUCUCUUAUCAUAUAUAGUCCUCUGCCCUUUCAUUCCAUUUAGUGCAAUAAUUUCUUGUAAUACUACUAAUUUAGUUCUAAGUACUUAUUGAUAAUCACAGUCUAUGUAAUUUUUGAGAACUUUUAAUUGUUGCUUUAAUUGAAUUUAUGAGAUGUCUAUUGAAAAUAAAUUUAUUUAUGCUGCUGUA